UUUCUUUCUUAAAAUUAGGGUUUUCUUUUACAAUGUUUCUGGUUUGUUUCGUUUUGGUGUUCACUGAUUUGUUGCGCUAGGUUUCGUUGUUUCACGAUUUUGUUCCGUUCUAGGGUUUUUUCUUUACUUUCUUAAACCUAGGUUUUAGUAUGCAGAAAUCAUCGAGUAUCUAGUGUUUGUAGAAACAACAUCAGGUAUCACCAUCUGGCUCUGGUCUCACUCACGGAUCUUUGGUAUCAUAGUUCGUCUUCACUGUGUACUGAUUGGAAGACGACGAAACAGUUGUUAACCUAAAAAAAUAGGGUGGUUGUUCAGUGGCUGUAAAUAAGCACGUAGCUGAGAAGAAAGAAGGUAGACAAGCAAUUACAGACCAUAUACAUAUAUCUUCUGGUGUCCUAGUUUUUGCUAAUAAUGAUGAGGCAUUGGGAUGACGAAUGCGAGGAUGCCAUAUCAUCUGUCACAAAGUACUAUUUGGUUGAUGACGACGAGAAACCAGUAUGUUAUUCGGUACUGCCUAUUCAAUGGCGUGAGGAUCAAAAGCCAGUCCCUCUGGAUAGGGAAAUAAUCUUACACGGUUACACUUCUAGUGGAUCUCAGAUGGUAUACAAGCAGGUAAUAGCAUGGAAAUUUGACCUUGUAUCAUUCGAUCAAGUUAAGGUGGAACUGCUCUCCAAAGAGAAUAAGUGGAUAGUUCUGGAUAAACCUCAAAAAAGUUAUGAAGAAACCAUUAGGACAACGUGGUUGACUUUAUGCUGCUUGCACUACUUAAAACGUAAUCCUAAUGCCCCAAGAAGUUCCUUGUUAUCAAACAUUUUCCCCAGCUUCAACAGGGGCGCUCAACUUCUUGAGAAUGAUUUAAUGGGUCAUCGGGACGUCAUUAAAUCUGCAGUUGAACAUGAUGGGACUCUAGCAAGUUCUAAGUUUCUACUUGCAUUUCUUGGGAAAGCAUUUACCGAGGAUAUGGAUGCUGGUUCAGUUAAGAAAAAUACUAAACACAAUGUUAUUGAUGAUUGGGAAGGGUCAGUUGAAGAGGAGACAAAUACAGAAGUAGAUGAUUCUGUUUGUGCCAUUUGUGAUAAUGGUGGUCAUGUUUUAUGUUGUGAUGGGGAGUGCAGAAGAUGCUUUCACGCAACUGUAGCAGAUGCUGGGGUUGAUGCAAAAUGUGAAUCUCUGGGCCUUUCUAAGGCUGAAAUUGCUGCACCGAAAUUUGUUUGCCUGAACUGUCGAUAUAAGCAGCACCAAUGUUUUGCGUGCGGAAAGUUGGGUUCCUCUGAUUGUUCUUCUGCUCAGGAGGUGUUCCGCUGCUCUUCUUGUAGUUGUGGCCAUUUUUAUCAUGCUGAAUGUGUUGCGGAGCUGCUUUAUCCGGUGAAUGAAAUUGAAAGUGAAAAACUUCAAAAGAUUAUUGCUGCAGGGGGGUCAUUUACCUGUCCUGCGCAUAAAUGCUUCAAAUGUAAGCAAGAAGAAGAUAGUUUAGUACAUGAUCUGCAGUUUGCAGUAUGCAGACGAUGCCCUAAGGCAUAUCACCGUAAAUGCUUACCGAGGGAGAUUGCUUUUGGUUACGCAGAGAAACUAGGACUCAUUCAGAGGGCUUGGGAUAAUCUAUUGCCAAGAAACUGUAUUCUGGUAUAUUGCCUGAAGCACGACAUUGGGAAGAAUCAAACGACACCAAUUAGAAACCACAUCAUAUUUCCUAAUGUUGCAGUAAAGGCCAACGUGCAGUCUCAGUCAAGCCAACAAAAAGUUCUGAAGAGGAAGAGAAUGAUUCUUGAAGAGUUCCAAAAGAGUAUCUCUGUGAAGCAAAGAAAACCAGAUGAAAUGAUGGCCAAAAGACUUUCUGCCCAACGACUGGAUUCUUCAAAAAGGUUGAGCAGCGGUAGUGCCUCCCAAAUGAUACGGAAGGAUAAUACUAAGUCUAUGAUAGGUCAUUCAUACAAGCAGCAAAAAGUACCUUCGAGCUCGAUCAGUUCAGAACCUCCAGUUGACACUGGAAUAGAAAAGAGAAUGAAGCAGUUAAUAGAAGAAACAGCACGUUCAAUAUCCUCGAGUGACAUUAAAAAGGAUUACAAAUUUCGAGCUAAACAGGCACUGUCUAAAGUUGUAAACACGGCCAGUUCACUGGAAAAGGCUGAGGGAUCUGAUAGGGCUGUACGAAAGUUAGAAGAAGGCCCUAGUUUUGAGUAUUCAAAAGAUGUUAUUGAACCGAAGAUUCUCAACCAGAUAACUCAGUGGAAGGUUAUUGAUAAGCUCCGCUCAUAUGUACUCGAAGGCAACAUGAUUGUCAGUGCCUCGUAUACUGCCAAUGACUUCACUUGCUUAAUGAAGCAAAGGCUUGAAGAAGCCGGGAUCAACUGCUCAUAUGAAGACUAUGGUGUGUGUCAAUCCAAGACUGGCCCUACUGCUGAGAAGUGUGAUUGGUUGAGCGUACAUCAAUUGCCUACACCGACCAAAUUGAUCAUUGUCCUUAAUAUUCCUUUUGGGAUUAAUUCCCCCCUUGCUGACAAAUGCAUUGAUAAGGCUCUUGGUUUCAGACCAAAGCUUCUCGUAUUGUUUGUGCCAGAGGAGAUAAAAAGAUUGGAGAAACCUGAAUAUAAACUGGUUUGGGAAGACACCGAGAGACUGUCAAGUAAGUCAUUACAUUCAUCUAUUGGCAUAAGUGACGAUGAAAUGAAGAUAUGGAACUCAAAAUCACCUCUGCUUCAGUUUUGGAGUCGCUCCGAUUGGUUUGCUAAGCAUAAGAAGAUAGUUGAGCGCAUGCCUAUGAAUCACAAUGAUACAAACGUAGAAUCAGAAAAAGAAGAAGAAAAGCAAGAGCAAGAACAUCAUAACGAGGAAAUCGUUAUUAGUGAUCCAGCAAAUGAAGACCAUGAUGACUCCCCUAGUAAGUUGUGUUCGAUGCUUCCUUCCAUUCAUGCAGCUGCUGGUGAAAACCAAUCGAAAAUUGGUAAUGGAAAUGUUAAACCUAGCAAAUCAAAAAUGCCAAAUACUGGGUUCUUACAUUUUGCACCUGGUCCGUAUAUCCCUUACUCUCAUGACAAGCAUUCCUGUUGCGGUUGGAUAGAUGAUGAUGAUGAUGAGUAAUUUAGGCAGACAAGUAGAUAUUAGUGUGUUGUUCCACGGUACACAUGUAAAUAACUUGAUGAUAAAGUUGUGAAGAUCUUAUCAGAACUUGUAAAUAGUUUUUGUCACAUCAAACAACAGGUGAUGUGAAAUAGCAAUCACUGAUCUAGGUGGACGAAAUAGUUGUAACUGUAUUUUGGUCACAUCCACUGCAUGUGAUAUGGAGGGGGGUGGUGCUUUUUGAAGCAACCUUUUAUUUUUAUUUUGAAUCUUCUAAUGUUCCUCC